AUGAUUGGUAUUAUUGCUUUUGUAGAAGCUAAAAAACAUAUUCAAUUUGAACUUUUUCCAAUGUAUCAAUUUCUCGAUAUUCGUAUUGAUACACAACUCAUUAAAUUACCGGAUGAAGAAUUUUUUGUACCGAUGCUUAUUUAUGAAGAUGAACAUAUGAAAAUUAAAUGUAAAGUUAAUGGUACAUUUAAAAUUUGGUUUCAUGGAAGUCAUCUUCGAUUUCGUGCACAUAUUCGUCUAACAUUCGACUUUUUCGAACUUGAGAUACUAUUAGAACAAGAAAAGUUUAAGAAAUUAUCUAUACCAUCGUUUGGUUUACUUGAUGAUAUUAAUGGUCUUAUGUUUCCUAAUGGAACAAAAAUAUUAAUCAAUAAAUCUGAUGAAAAUAUUUUAUUCGAAUAUGAUCAAUCAUGGCGUAUAUCACAGAAUACAUCACUUUUUUAUUAUUCAUUUGACGAUAUCGAUCAUCGUCGACCAUUGUCUUCCGACAUUGGAUCCAAUUCUCUGAAACGAAUCUUUGAAGAAACUAAUAAUAAUGUUACAUUAACCCAAUAA